AUGGAAAACUCAUAUAGCAGUUUACCAUUACUGGAUCUUGUAUCUGUUAUCUUCUUUUAUGCAUUGUUCCUACAAGGUGUCAUUGCUGACAUUAUAGCAGCUUCCAAUUCCUCAUCCACUAAUGAGGAACAAAAAGCUUUUUAUCAGAGUGGAUGGGGAGCUCAAAAUAUCUCAGAAUACUGUAAAUGGAAUGGUAUUGUGUGCAAUGAAGCUCAAAGUGUUAUACAGAUUUCAACUAAGAACAAUUUUUAUAUUCCUUCAACACAAGCUCAUAUUCAGCAUUUCAAUGUGGCUGCAUUCCCUGAUUUAAUCAGUCUAGAGCUUAGUGGAUCAGGACUCAAAGGAAAUAUUCCUUCAGAAAUUAGCUCUCUUAAAAAGCUUGUCCAUCUUGAUCUGUCUUCUAAUUGUCUUCAAGGAAUUCAUGUUUUCUGUCCCCUCCAUAAUGAGUUUGGAAAUGAGCAAAGAAGAAAGAAUGGAGACAUGCUUUCAAUUUGGAACUAUGAUGGUAAGAUUGCAUUUGAAGACAUAAUUAAGGCCACAGAAGACUUUGAUAUAAAGUAUUGCAUAGGAACGGGUGCUUAUGGGAGUGUGUACAAAGCACAACUUCCCAGUGGCAGAAUUGUUGCACUGAAAAAACUUCACAAAGCAGAAUCUGAAAAUCCAUCCUCUUACAAGAGCUUUUGCAAUGAGACCAAAAUCUUGACAGAAAUUCGCCAUCGUAACAUCAUCAAGCUUUAUGGUUUUUGUUUGCAUAACAAGUGUAUGUUUUUAGUGUAUGAGUAUAUGGAAAGAGGAAGCUUAUUUUGCAACUUGUCUUAUGAUGUUGAAGCUCAAGAGCUGAAUUGGAGCAAGAGGAUAAAUGUUGUAAAAGGAAUAGCCUAUGGCUUGGCUCACAUGCACCAUGAUUGUACCCCACCCAUUGUUCAUAGAGACAUAAGCAGUAACAACAUUUUGUUAAACUCAGAGUUGCAGGCUUUCAUCUCAGACUUUGGCACUGCAAGACUUCUUGAUUUGCAUUCAUCAAAUCAGACUCUUCCUGCUGGUACUUAUGGAUAUGUUGCUCCAGAAUUGGCUUACACCUUGAGUGUGACCACCAAAUGUGAUGUUUAUAGCUUUGGAGUGGUGGUAUUGGAAGCAAUGAUGGGUAGACAUCCAGCUGAAUUGAUUUCUUGUUUAUCAGAACCAUCCAUUCAGAAGAAGAAGCUGAAAGAUAUAUUGGACUCACGUAUUCCACUACCAUAUUUUAGAAAAGAUAUGCAAGAUAUUGUGCUUGUUGUAACAUUGGCAUUAGCAUGUUUGAGUCCCCACCCAAAAUCCAGACCAUCAAUGCAGGAAAUAGCUAAUGAGCUUUUAGCUUCCAAGCCACCAUUGCUUUGGCAUUUUGAUAGCAUUUCCAUCCACCAACUCAUGAAGCAAAAAGUAUAUAUAAUUGGUAGAAGUUAGGAAACUCUCAUAGUUAUUUAUGAUGUGAUUGUAUUAUAUGACUCAUUGAUGUAAUUUUUUCUUUGCUUAUAAGAAUAUUGU